AUGUAUCUAUAUCUAACAAUUGGACAGCUCCUGGUGGCGCCUGUGGCGGGUCUUGUGCCACAGGGAUUCACGGUGCGGCAACCCAAAUGCAUAUAUCUGGUGGAUCCGGGUCCCUGCAAAGAUUGGGUCAAGGUCUGGGGCUUUGACUAUCUGACAAAUCGCUGCAUAUUCUACUAUUACGGCGGCUGUGGCGGCAAUCCGAAUCGGUUCUACACAAAGGCUGAGUGCCUGGAGACGUGUCGAGUGUACGACGACCCGAACCACACGCGAAGAAAACCCGAUGACGAUAGCGAUAUGUUUGAGAAGGACAUCGAUGAUUGGGAUAAUUUCGAUCUGUAA